AUGAGGUGGCAAACCGCUGGGAGGUCUGCUUACGCUACUAGUUCUAAAUUGUUAAAACUGGCAAAAUAUUUAGUUAUAAUUCUUUCUUUCAGGGAAAUAAGUACGACUUUAACAGGAUACCAAAUCAAACUGAAAGAUAUUGAGGAAGGAAUAUGUUAUGUGAAUUCUGUCUAUGACGAGACAGAAAAACAAUUUAUCUUUAAGUAUAAUGCUUCGACGGGAAUAGUCGACCUUCUUGAUAUCGGGCAGGAUGAAUUAUCACAGGGACGCCCAUGGGAGCAGGAGAUGCAAAAAUAUAUCGGAGAGCGACAUUCAAUUCCCGGUUUCCUUGCAGCUGUAACUCUUCAACUCGAAGCACGGCGUGGUCUUGAAGAUGUUGAACGUACAGAUAUCAUCAGCGUUGUGCACGAGGAUUGA